CAGGCAGCAGCCGUGUCAAGGCCGUCCGGGGGCACCCCGGCGAUGCCCGCAGCCCCCUCCGCGCCCCGCCGGGCCUGCUGAGCCGCCCCCGGGCCGGGGUAGCGCCGGGCCCGGCCGCGCCCGGGCGGGGCGGCGCUGCCUGUAUGACCCUCCGGCGGCGCGGGGAGAAGGCGACCAUCAGCAUCCAGGAGCAUAUGGCCAUCGACGUGUGUCCCGGCCCCAUCCGACCCAUCAAGCAGAUUUCCGACUACUUCCCCCGCUUCCCGCGGGGCCUGCCCCAGGCCACCGGGCCCCGCGCGGAGGCGCCCCCGGACGCCCCCGCACGUCCGGCCGCGGCCAGCGCGGGCCGCCACAGCCCCUCCGACGGCGCCCGCGACGACGACGAGGAUGUGGACCAGCUCUUCGGAGCCUAUGGCGCUAGCCCGGGCCCCAGCCCCGGUCCCAGUCCUGCGCGGCCGCCGGCCAAGCCGCCCGAGGAUGAGCUGGACGCCGACGGCUACGAGUCGGACGACUGCACCGCGCUGGGCACGCUGGACUUCAGCCUUCUCUAUGACCAGGAGAACAAUGCUCUCCACUGCACCAUCAGCAAGGCCAAGGGCCUGAAACCCAUGGACCACAAUGGUCUGGCGGACCCUUACGUCAAGCUCCACCUGCUGCCAGGAGCCAGUAAGGCAAAUAAGCUCAGAACCAAAACUCUGCGCAACACUUUGAACCCCACGUGGAACGAGACCCUCACUUACUACGGGAUCACAGACGAGGACAUGAUCCGCAAGACCCUGCGGAUCUCUGUGUGUGACGAGGACAAAUUCCGCCACAACGAGUUCAUCGGGGAGACCCGAGUGCCCUUGAAGAAGCUGAAAGCCAACCACACCAAGACGUUCAGCAUCUGCCUAGAGAAGCAGCUGCCGGUAGACAAGACGGAGGACAAGUCCCUGGAGGAGCGAGGCCGCAUCCUCAUCUCCCUUAAGUACAGCUCGCAGAAGCAGGGCCUGCUGGUGGGCAUUGUGCGCUGCGCACACCUGGCCGCCAUGGACGCCAACGGCUACUCAGACCCCUAUGUGAAAACAUACCUGAAGCCAGAUGUGGACAAGAAGUCCAAACAUAAGACAGCCGUGAAGAAGAAGACCCUGAACCCAGAGUUCAACGAGGAGUUCUGUUAUGAGAUUAAGCAUGGGGACCUGGCCAAAAAGACUUUGGAGGUCACCGUUUGGGAUUAUGACAUUGGAAAAUCCAACGAUUUCAUUGGCGGUGUGGUUCUAGGCAUCAAUGCCAAGGGCGAGCGCCUGAAGCACUGGUUUGACUGCCUGAAGAACAAGGACAAGCGGAUCGAGCGCUGGCACACGCUCACCAACGAACUCCCGGGGGCUGUGCUUAGCGACUGACUGCCCCUCCUGCUGCCAUCUGCCCCUGCCACCUGGGCCCCACACACAGGCCUGGCCCUGGGCUCCCUCACAUGCCACCAAGGGCUGUGGCUCCCACACUGGGCAAGAUCCAGGAUGCCUGCUCGGACACACGGCCACUACAGCCCCAACUUGGAGGACACAGAGGGAGCACCUCGCCACUCCAAGGGGCAGGGAGGACGGACCCUGGAGACCAGGGAGAACUGGGCCUGCUUUCAGCCCCCUGGGGCCCUGGAGGGCUGGCGGUGGGAGAAGGCCUGGGCCUCAGCACCUGCUAGGGCAAGGGGACAGGGCCACCCAGGGGCGAGGGUCCUUCAGAGGUCAACAGUAAGGCACAGGCUGAGAGGGCAGAGGUGAGGGGCGCUCUAAGCGGAGCCAAAGAGAGCAGAGGAGGGAGAUUUCCACCACAUCCGUUCCUCUCCAGCAUCAAGGGGCAGGUGGAGGUAGUCCGUGAGCAGAGUCCCAGAGACUCUGAGAAUGAACAGGGGCACAUUGGCAGGUGCUUCACUCACUGGUCUAUAAGCUGCUGGGGGUGAGACGUGAGGCCUGUCUUCCAGGAGCUCCACCAUCUAGUCAGGGAGCUGGACACAAACCAUUACGAUAGAGGGUUAAGGAAUGCAAGACCGGCCCAGCCUGUGCACCAGUGCGGUGGACACUGCUAGCAGCUGUGGGGAGGGGCAGGGCGGGCUUCCUGGAGGAGGCGGUGCCUCAGCAAGGCCUUUAAGGGUGAGUGGGCCUUUUGGGGCAGAAAUGAAGGGCUGUCCAGGCAGGGGGAAUGAUUUGCAAAGGCCGGGAGAGGAGUAGAAGGUGAUGGGACCAGGCAGCCGUGCGGACCCUGGGGUUUGGUAAGUUGGGCAGGAGCUGGGCUUAUGGCAGGUGGUGGGAAGUGGUGGAAGCAUCAUGAUGUUGGCUCAGAGUGGUGUCCUGUCCUCAGACCCAGCUCUCCCACUCUGACCUCUUUUCCUGAGGGACCUCAACGAUGGACCAUGCCUCUGGUUCUUUCCACCAUGGAUCCAGUUGGCCACAGAGGAGAAGAGGGUCCCUCACACAUAACAAGAAGCAACAUUCCUCCUGUCCUCUUCCCUCUCCCCUCCCUGCUGGGUUCAAGCUGGGUAUUGGGGCCCCUCAUGGUUGCUCAUGAUAUCCCCGGUCCUACCACAGCAAUGAUGUCCCUUUCCGGGGUACUCUGUGUAGGCCUAUGGGACUGGCUCUGUCCUCCAGGAGCUGAUCUUAUUCUCCAAGAAGGGGUUUAAGAGCAUCUCAAUCCUGGGGCCUUCAGGAAUGCUGGAUAAACAAAUGCAAAGCCAAGGAGUCGCAAAGCCCACUGUGUUCAACCCAUCAGUGCAUAACGGGUCACGAAGGCCCAGAGAGGGAAAGUCACCUGCCCAAGGACUUGCAGCCCUAGCAUAUCUGGAACGGGGACUUGUGGCCACUCCAACCCAGAACUCUGAACACCACAUUUCAGGGAAAGUAGGGAGCAAAGUACACAGGGUAGGGGCCGCCAGCUGCCAUCGCAGGGCUUGCCCCUGUCUGCUGCUCACCCACACAGCUGCCGGGGCUCCCAGGAAGGAGGGCUGGACCUUGUGCUGCAGACACAAAGCACAUCACCCAUCCAAGGUUCAGAGGGAUGAUUCAAGUCCAAGUGCCCCUCAGUCCUUUCCCAGUCACCAGGGAAGACARAACUCCAGCCUCCCUCCCCCCACAGUAUCUGACCUCCCUUGUUGCUCAAGGAGACUUGGUUUCCCCAUCUUAGUGGUCAGCAAACAUUGUCCCUAAUAAAAUUUCACAACCCUAUAAGAUGGGUGGAGUGGUCACCACCAUUUUAUAGAUAAAAUAGGUGCAGAGAAGUUGAGUAGUUUGCCAAGGCCACAUAGUUGGGAGGAGGUACACUAGGAGGCAAACACAGACUCCUUGAUGGAUUGGGGGUCAGGACUCCCCAGAGGUCCUUCUCUCCUGGGAUGUUGGGGAUUCAGUAAAAUCUGGUGCCACCUCACCCUCUAGUUGGCUUUGAAACCAUCUGUGCCACUUAGGGCUCUAUCUACCAAAGCCCACACCCCUGCCCUGGAAUUCACCUGCCCCCUUGGCCUCUGAGUCUGUGAUCAAGGGGAAAAGGGCAAGGAAGGAGACUCUGUGGGGCCUAAGGUGAAAAGUGGCCUACUUUUAAGGGACCUUUGUCUAGUUGAGCUGAGUAUCUUCUCAGCUUAGAGCCUCAGCAACCCGAGAAGAGGUGGAAGAGCUAAAAGGGGYUUUGAGUCCCACCUGGUAUGACUUCCUCAUUGGACACAUGGGAACUGAGGCCAGCAAGGGGAAGGAAAUCAGCUGAAACAAACCAGGAUUGCUGGCAUCCAAGCCAGGGCCCACCACUGCCACAGGCUAUGCAAAAGUGGGCCUGCUCCUGAAAGAUAGUUGCUGAUCACAGGAACAGUCGGGCUAGGAGGCGGGACUUCUGGCCAGCUGGCUCAGGUGCAAGCUGGGGCGCAGGUAGGAGGGCUCUAGGAAGUGACAGAACCUUGUCCAGGAUCCUGGCGCUGUUCUAAACCCAGGCACAAGAAAAAGCACUUUGAGAAGCUGCAGAAUUGUCUCUGCCUUUGACCCCGAACGGGCGUCUUUUCCCUAAUUCAUCAACCCUACAAAGAUAAGAAAUCUAAUGCCAAAAAAAAAAAAAAAAAUCAUAAUCAUCCCGAAGUCAGGUGUCACUCACCAGGGGGUCUCCCGAAGCGCUGCGUCCACCUCGCGCCCUGGUCUCCGCCCCGCCCACCACCACCACUAGCCAAUCCCCGACGGGCCGGUCUUCCAACCGUGAGGCGGUAACCUUCUGACCUCUAGUGGCGAGAGCGAGGAACUGCACCUCCCCCGCCAGCCCGCCGAGCCCGGGCCGUGCAUGUCCUGCCCUUUGUUCAUUUUCAAACCGAGUGAACCUCCCAAUGCAUGGACUCUGGCUGUCGUCGACGCAGACUGUCGUGCACUGCUUCACACCGUUUUGCUACCACGUGUCGGCUGCAGAAACUGUCCUCAAAUUGCAGCCCCACAAUUUUUGUACUUUCGUCUGACCUACCCAAAGGUGUCCUUUUUAAGUCUUAU